UUUUUGUUUUUGGAAAAAAAAAAUUUGGUUCCGUAAAAGUUAAAAAAAAAAUAUUGAAAGAAAAAUUUUCCUUUUUUCUAAAUGAUUGUUCUGAGGAGGUAAAAGAUACAUAUUAUGUACGUAUAAUUCCGAAACUUACAAAAGAAGUAAUAAAAAAUAAGAUUUUUUUUUUUUGAUAAAAUUAGUGUAUGUAUAACAUGGAAAAUAUAGUGAUUCACUAAAUAAAAAUAAUAAGUAUAUAAAAAAAAAUCUUAUGAUAGUGUCAAAAAAGAAGACUUUUUAAAAUAAUAUAUAUAAGUUCGAAUCCAUAUACGUAUAUUUGAAUUCGAGUUUGGUUUUGUGAUUUAUCAAUAAUAGCCAAACAAUUUAUUUCGUGCUUAAUAUUUGAAUGGAAAUUUGUGUUUCGCGCUAUAUUUAAUUUUAAUGUUUUUUUUAUUAAAUUAAAAAAAAUUUUUAUCAAAAAAUUUUUAAUCAUAAUAUAAAUUUCGAGAAAAAUAAAAAAUAAAGUGCAGUACUAUACACAAUACAAUUAUAAUUGCAUUGCAUAUUUCUAGGAAAUAAUUGUACGAAAUAUCAUUUCAUUACGGGCACAUUUAUUUUAUAAUUAGUAGUCUACUCUCUUUUGUUCAUCCAUUUUAAAAUGCAAUACAAUAUAAAUUUUAAAUAUUAAAUAUUAUUGUAUAUUAAUUUAAAAACUCGGAAUAUUAUUUACUACUUAAAUAAAUGCAAAACAAAACAAACUUACCUACAUUUAUUAUUACAUUAUAUGGGUUUUUUGAGUUUAAGAUAAGAUUGAGUACACUCUAUAUAUAUUAACUGUUAUAUAUUUGUUAUAUUUUAUUUAUAAUUAGAUUUACAGUGUUCUCUAAAACAUAAAAAAUAAAAUAAAAAAAGUCAGUGUUUUUGAAAAAGAAUAAAAGUGUGUUACUUUUCUUUAUAUACAUUUAUAAAAAUAAUUUGUGAGCAAACAAAAAAUUAGCAGCAAAUAACAAAAGAAAAAAACAAAAACCAAAAGUAAAAUUAAAAAAAAAAUCAUUUGACAACUUUACACACGAAAAAAUUAUAUAUAUAUAUAUAUAUACCUACCCACACACACAUUUUAAUGUAUUGUUAAGCAAUUAAGGAUAACCUCAAAAAAUAAAAAAAAGAGUAAUAAUAUAAUAACAAUAAUAGUAAUAAUAACAGUUAUAUAUUUUGUAUAUACAUAGUGAGAGAGACGGAGAGAGAGAGAGAGGAAUCUAUGAAAAAAUUGUGUUGCUCAGAAAAAAACCUUAUUUUUUUAUUUUGUUUUACUUAUUGUUUCAUUUGAAAUAUAAUUAAAACUAAGUUACAAAAAAAAAUUUGAUAUUUAAUAAAUCAAAUAAAAAAAAUAAAAUUAAUGUAUAUAAAAGAAAUAAAAUUAAAGGAAAUGAUCAAAAGUAGUGUUGAAAAAAAGAAACCCUUUAAUUUUUCUAUACUUUUAAAAAUUUCAAAUUUAUUUGCCUUCAACUAAACCAAAAAAAAAAUUAAAAGUGAAAAAUCAUUAAUUAAAAAUAAAACAAAAAAGAAAAAUAAAAAAAAUGAAUCCUUGCACCUAACGAUAUUCAAAGUACAUAAAAAUAAAACAAAAAAAUAACCCGAAAAGGGAAAGAAAGAAAAGUAUAAAAACAGAAAAUACAAAAGGAUAUGCUGUCGUUUUAGCGACAAGGAAAUAUGGGAUUUUAUCAAACUGGUUUUUAAUUAUUUUUCUAUAAGGAAGUCUCGAUCCUAUAUAAAUGUAUAUGUGAAUGUAUUUAUAAUAAAAAACAUAUGCGUUUUCCAGGAAAAUACACUUUAAAAUAUUGUGAUUGUUAAGCCUUAAAACUUGCCCACUCACGGCUUUAUUUUUCAUUCAAUUAAAAAAAUAAAAAACAAACAGAAUUGUGGAAAAAAAAGAGAAACAACCAUAAAGAAAAUUGAAUACAAAUGGUUUUCUAGAAUUUAGGUUAAAAAAUACUUUAGAUUAGUCAACGCCACCUAUAAAGAAGAAAAUAAAACUUAAAUUUUUUUUAAAAAAAGACUAAAACAUUUCCAAAACUCAACUUUAUUAUAUACAGAUAAAAUUUGGAAAGAUUUAUAAUAAAAAUAUCGUUAAUAAAAGAAAAAAUCCAUUUUAAGGAUUGAAUAAUAAAGUACUUCUGUUUAUUUUGCCUUAGUUUUUCUAUAUAAAUGUACAAAAGAGAAAUACUUUUAAAUUAAAAGUUUGUUAUGAACUGACGAUACCUUCUUCUCGCAGAAAAAAGGAGGAUUUUAUUUUUAAAAAUUAAAAUAAACACACACCCACAUGAUCUCAAAUAAAAUUAUAUUUUUUUUUUUGCUAUGAAAUUGUGAAAUUCGCUGUUUAAUUAAUUUUAUAGCGAAUAAGAAAAAUGAAUUUUUUAUCGCUAAUUAUCCUAGUGGAAUGCAUACUCGUUUAAUUGCUAUAAAAUAAAGUGAAGUGUGAAGCAACGUACAUACAAAUAGAAUUAAAAAGGAACAAAAAAGAAAAAAUAAAAAUUGAAAAUAGUUUGAGCAGAAAUGUCUACAGUUGCAAAUGUUCAAAAAAUAACAAUUGAUACUAAGUUUUUAAAAGGAUUUGAUGUUCAACAAAUCAUUCUUCGAAAUUUUAUAGAAAUUAAAAGAGCGUGCUUUAUAAACAAACAUUUUGAAAUCGUAUCUAUAAUACACUCUUUAGGCACUUACACGAUAGCAAUAAAAGCAACAGUUACCGAUAUCAAUUGUAGUAAAUGCAAUAGUACAAUAUCAAAUACAGUAACAAAAGAAAAUAAUCAAACUCACCUAAAAUUAACACAUGAGAGCUUCUUUAAUAUUCAACAAAAUAUUUUAUUUAGGAUCAAUAACCGAUUUGUUUUUUAUACUAGUUCAUUUUUGAUCUUAAUUGUAUCACCAAAAAUAAUAUAUAAAAUGAAUCAAUUGAAAAUACAAUGGGAAAAACAACAACAAGAAAAUUAUACAAAUUUUUCUAAAUUAGAUACUCGAAUUGUACAGAAUCAAGAAGAAUUUGAAUAUGAUUAUCGACGACGAUACCAUCACAAUCUCACCAAUUUAAAACCUAUUAAGUUUAUUAAAGUGCCAGAAUGCAAACUAUCAGAUAAUUGUGAAGAAAAGGAACAGCAAAAUUUACAUCAAGUUUAUGAUAAACACCAAAAAGUUGCAUUAUUAAAACAAAAAAAUUUCGAAAAUAAUGAAAAUAAAAGAAUGAAAUUAUCCUUGCCUAAUAAUAAUACCCGAAAUAAACUGAAAUCAGCAGCAGUUGUUAAUAUAAUAACAAAAGAAACAACAACGAAAAAUAGUACAAUUAGGACAUCCGUAAUAAAAUCUGUCAACGGUGACAACUUCUUUUCGAAAACAAUAUAUUUACAUAAAUCAUGGUUAUUUGGUUUUUUACUAUUAUUGUCACUGCUGCAAAGUGGUAAUGCUGGCUUUGCUUGCCUUAGUAACCCAUGCAUAUUUGGUGUUUGCAUCGAUGGAUUAAAUAGUUCAUAUUCAUGUUAUUGUAUAGAUGGGUAUACUGGUGUACAGUGCCAAACGAAUUGGGAUGAAUGUUGGUCAUCACCAUGCAUAAAUGGUGGAACCUGUAUUGAUGGUGUUGCAUAUUAUAAUUGCACAUGUCCUGAAGGAUUUUCUGGGGCCAAUUGUCAAGAAAAUGUCGAUGAAUGUUUAUCUAAUCCUUGUCAAAAUGGAGGCACUUGUAAAGAUCGUAACAACGGAUAUACUUGUACUUGCCAACCUGGUUACUUAGGGACACAUUGUGAAGUUGAUGUAGCUGUUUGUGAUACAGGUACAGGCGCUAGAUGUCACAAUGGUGGUGAAUGCAUUGAAGGACCCGGUUUAGAAUUCGAUUGUAAAUGUGCUCCCGGGUGGCAUGGACGCAUUUGUCAACAUGAAAUCAAUGAAUGUGAAUCAUCGCCAUGUCAAAAUGGUGGUGUAUGCGUGGACAAGUUAGCUUCAUAUGUGUGUGCCUGCCCAAUGGGUUAUACGGGAGUAAACUGUGAAGAAGAAAUAUUAAUAUGCGCUGAUAAUCCUUGUAAAAAUAAUGCUCUUUGUUUAAUGGAAGAAGGAGUACCAACGUGUUACUGUGUGCCAGAUUUCCAUGGCGAAAAAUGUGAAUUCCAAUAUGAUGAAUGUCAAUUAGGUCCCAAAUGUACAAAUGGAGGAGUAUGUAUUGAUGGUGUAGAUACAUUUACAUGUUCAUGUCCUCCAAUGUUAACGGGAAUGUUAUGUGAAUGCUUAAUGUUGGAUGAUGAUAGCUUAAAUUGCAAUUAUACAAUGCCAUCAACUACCUCCGUUAAACCAACAACAAUAGCAACUACAGUAAAAAUUACUACAAUUGCAACGCAAAGCACAAGCAUUUCAGGGGGUACAACAGUAGUAACAGAGCGUAUAACAAAACCGCCGCCACCUACAAUUGUAACGACUGCCAGACCAAUGCAAAAGCCGGUGACAAUAACUUUAUCACAGCCUGUUAAUUAUUCGGAAGAAUCAGUUGAUGAAACAACGGAAGCUGCAUCUGUAGAUUCUGGUGAAGCCGAUUACACCAGUACUUCAACUUCUGCUGAAGAUCAUAGCUGGGCGUCGGAAGAAGAUACGACGGAUUCGCGAUUCGACAAAUCAGAAAAUAAUGGAGCAGAUACAAUUACUGAAAUCACUUCUUCUAAAGAACCAUCUUAUAAUGGGUUGCCCGUAACAACUCAAACAUCACAAACUACUUUAUUAUAUCAUCCAACAACAGACAAAACGGUUAAAUACGAUUUAACGUCCUCCCGUCGACCAUCUUGGUCAUCUGCAGGAACCACUGCAACACCAUCUAUUACCCCAAUCGAUUCGGGAAGUCUGUUAGGUGAACAUACUGAUGUUUUUCCAUCAAUCGUUAAAACUACAAUUUCAACACCAUCAGAUAAAUCUUCUAGUUCAUCAUCAGAAGAAGGAUAUGAAGUAGAAGAGGAAAUAACAACAUCAAAAGUUCAAUACGAAAUUGGUAUGACAACAACUAUUAAACCAUUCUUUAUUGAUUACCCUGAUGUGUACGUUACAACAACAUACACAAAAGAUUUAGAUGGAGGGCCAUUUACAACAUAUCGUACACCUUUCCCUCCACCAACUCAUACAACUGUACGACCAUCAGUCACAGCAUUACCUCCACUUGUGACAACUAAACCGACACUCCGACCGCCCAGACCAUCUGUUUCAGUUGAAAAUGAUAUUGAAACUACAACCAUAAAAAUAGAUUCAGAAGAAAAUGAUAUACUUGAGCCGUCAUCAGCUCAUACCGAUGAAAGCUAUGAAUCAGGUAUUGUCAGUGACGAGAGUGUAGAAGCGAUUGCAACAACUACAUCAACAUCUACAUUUACACAACAACCUACAAUAUUAAUUAAGCCAACAACAUACCCAUCACACUCAGUGCACCGAACGACACCAACGUCAUUUACUCAACGUACUACAUUAAAACCCACACAACCAACAUAUAAACAAACACUAACAACCUUUACGUCUUCGAUAUUAGAACAACAAACAACAAAAGCACCUUUUUCUGAUAAUAUGUUUACCUUACCAACAUUAACUACAACAACACCAACAAUUAAACAUGCCAUUUUAGUUUCAACGACAUCACCAACAAUAUCAGUACCGAAAACAACACCACCAGACGAUAGCAGUAUUAAUGAAGGAAAUUAUACUGUAGCACCAGAUUGUGUUAAAUUAGGAUGCUUUAAUGGAGGAACAUGUGUUACAACUUCUGAGGGCUCUAGGUGUGUAUGUCGAUUUGAUCGUCAGGGACCUCUAUGUGAAAGUCCAGUUGUAAUACAAAAUGCAGCAUUCUCAGGUGAUUCAUAUGUCAGUCAUCGUAUAAAUAAGGAUAUACCAAAUCAUGAAAGUUUGGAAGCAGUAUUACCAAUGCAUAUUCAGCUCAAAGUUCGAACACGUGCCACAAAUGGUUUAAUAAUGUUAGCUGCUGCACAAGGCACAAAAGGUGGUCAUUAUAUGGCAUUAUUCUUACAAAAAGGUUUAUUGCAAUUCCAGUUCUCAUGUGGUUUACAAACAAUGCUACUUAGUGAAUUAGAAACUCCAGUUAAUACUGGACAUGAAAUAACAAUACGUGCCGAAUUAGAUUUUAGUCGUAAUUUCACACAUUGUAAUGCUUCAUUACUUGUGAAUGAUACCUUAACAAUGUCUGGUGAUCAACCAACAUGGCUCAAACUGUUGCCAAAUCGUAUGCAUAUUGCUGAUCUUAUAUUAAAUACUUGGUUGCAUUUAGGUGGUGCACCUCAAGCGCCAAUUGGUUUAAUUAUUGAACUGCCGCCAGCACAAAGUGGAACUGGUUUUACUGGAUGCCUGCAUUCUUUAAAAAUUAAUGGAGAAGAACGUGACAUAUUUGGUGAUGCGUUAGAUGGUUUCGGUAUAACAGAAUGUGGAUCAUUAGCUUGUUUGUCAAGUCCAUGUCGUAAUGGUGCUGCGUGUAUCAAAAUUGAUACAAAAGAAGUAGAUGAAAAUGGUCAAAAACAGGAAAAAUGGAAAUGCAAGUGUCCAUCUGGUUAUAUGGGAUCAACUUGUGAGACUUCAGUUUGCGAAGAUAAUCCAUGCCAAUAUGGCGGAACUUGUGUUCAAUUCCCUGGCAGCGGAUAUUUAUGCUUAUGUCCAUUAGGAAAACAUGGUCAUUACUGUGAGCACAAUCUUGAGGUGGCCUUACCAUCAUUUUCCGGGAGUGUAAAUGGUCUUUCUUCAUAUGUGGCAUACACAGUUCCAAUUCCAUUAGAAUAUUCAUUGGAAUUAAGUUUUAAGAUACUGCCACAAACCAUGUCUCAAAUUUCUUUGUUGGCAUUUUUGGGUCAAUCCGGAUAUCAUGAUGAAAAAAGUGAUCAUUUAGCAGUUAGUUUUAUUCAAGGGUACAUUAUGUUGACUUGGAACUUGGGAGGUGGACCACGUCGUAUAUUUACACAGAAACCUAUAGAUUUUCGUUUAGAUGCUCCACGUGUACCUUAUGAAAUUAAAGUAGGAAGGAUUGGCCGACAAGCUUGGUUAUCUGUUGAUGGAAAAUUCAAUAUAACUGGUAGAUCACCUGGAAGUGUAACCCGAAUGGAUGUCAUUCCCAUUUUAUAUUUGGGUGGACAUGAAAUUGUUAAUUUCAAUACACUUCCACAUGACUUACCUUUACAUUCUGGCUUCCAAGGAUGUAUUUAUGAUGUUAGUUUAAAAUCAGGGCAAGUCACAGUACCAUUGCAAGAGACAAGAGGUGUUAGAGGUCGAGGUGUGGGACAGUGCGGAACUAGAGAAUGUCAUCGUCAUGCAUGUCAACAUGAUGGAGCUUGUUUACAACAUGGAGCUACAUUUACCUGUAUAUGUCAAGAAGGGUGGUAUGGACCACUAUGUGCGCAACAUGUUAAUCCAUGCGACUCUUUUAACAAUAAAUGUUCCGAAGAUUCAACGUGCGUGCCGUUAGUUAAUGGAUACGAAUGCGACUGCCCGAUUGGAAAAACUGGAAAGAAUUGUGACGAAGAAAUACAAUCAUUAAGCGAUGUUUCACUAACAGGAAGACGAUCUUAUUUAGCGGUUCGUUGGCCGUAUUUGAAUUCUGAACGUGAUAAAAUUGGGUCAAAGCGAUCUCAAAUUGUAGCCUAUAGAAAUUUCACUAAGAAGGUUAUGCCAAAGCCAAUGGCCUAUUCGGCGUCACCAAAUCAACAUUUCGUUAUGAAACUUCUUAAUGAAGUUGAAAAGCAAAGAAGUUUUUCACCAGUACCGUUAAUGCCAAGAUCUGUUGAAGAACAUCAUAGAGUGCAAUUCUUUUUCAUAGAAUUCCAAAUAAGACCCCUAAGUGAAAGGGGUCUCCUAUUAUAUUUUGGAACCUUAAAUAAUAAUCAAGAUAAAAAAGUUGGCUUUGUUAGUUUAAGUUUACAAGGUGGUGUAGUUGAAUUCAGAAUUUCGGGCCCUAAUAAUCACGUAACUGUUGUUAGAAGUGUUAGAAUGUUGGCUAUUGGAGAAUGGCAUAAAAUAAAAAUGGCCCAAAGGGGUAGGUGGCUAACAUUAUGGGUAGAAGGAAGCGCGUCUUCUGCCUUAGCACCUUCAGCCGAAGUUCUUGUUGAACAGGACUCAUUGCUAUAUAUUGGUGGACUUAAAGAUUUGUCAAAAUUACCAAAUUAUGCAAUUUCAGGCUUCCCAAUUCCUUUCAGAGGUUGCGUAAGAGGUUUGGUAGUAAGUGGAACAAGAAUUGUUCUAAAUGAAACUAAUAUAUUAGAAUCACGUAAUAUUAGAGACUGUGAUGGAACGGCAUGUGGAGGCGAUUCCUGUGAAGCUGGAGGACAUUGUUGGUUAGACGCAAAAUUACAACCUCAUUGUAUUUGUCCAGAAUAUGCCAAAGGUGACCGUUGCGAAUAUUCUGAGACCUGCAAACUUAUACCAUGCAAAAAUAAUGGUAGAUGCUUAAGAAGCGGACGAUGUAGCUGUCCAAAUGGAUGGGGAGGAUUUUAUUGUGAAAUCGCUAUGACAAAACCUUCCACACCGAGUUUUCGAGGUAACAGUUAUUUAGUAUUACCACCACCAAGGAUACCAAUGAAAGAAAAAAGAAAAGGGUUAGCUAUGUAUUCCAGACCACGCGAAUUUAUACAAAUUAAGUUAAAUUUUUCAACAAUCGAACCAGGUGGCCUAAUACUUUGGAGUGAACAUGGAAAUAAAUUUUUAGGAUUAGGUCUUGAAGAUGGUCACUUAAAAAUUGCCAGUGAUCUAUUAGUUAAUGAAAAUUCAACUAUGAAAAUACCAGCUGGUGGCUUUGUAUCCGAUGGUGGUUGGCAUUCUUGUACAAUAUUUGCAGAUCGUGGUGUUAUUGAGUUAAAUUUGGAUGGUCAGUUAGUAUUUUCAGAGAGAACGAAUACAAAUUUCAAUUUCCGAACACACAAAAAUCGGGAUCCGACAAUAACAUAUGAGGAUGAAAUUUAUAUAGCUGGUUUUCCUAAUGGGGAAGGAGUUUCUGCAAGAACAAAAAAUCGUUUUAUGCAACCAUUUAAAGGAUGUCUUCAGGGUAUUAGCUUUGGUGGUGAUCCAAAUUCUGAAAUCAAAGACUUUUCACCGUAUCAAGGUGAAAAUAUUGGUUCAUGUGAUCUUCAUGAUGACGUUACCAAUAUCUUUUAGAAAAAUGUAUUAUUUUUAAAUUAUAAGUAUUAUGAAUAACUAUAUAUUUAUUUAAUAAAAAUAAUAUGAAAGAAAUUCAAAAUAAAAACUCAUUUAAAACAGAAUAAAUUUUAUGAGAGAGUAAAAAUUAAAUAAUAAUAAAUUAAAUAUAACUAUAUAAUUUAACAAACGUAAUUUUAAAAUAAAAAAUAAUUAUAACAUAAAAAAAAAAGAAUUAAUUAUUUUAAAAAAAAAUUUUGUAAAUUUUCUAGGAAUUACAUUAGAAAUUAUAAAAAAUUAAAAAAAUCAAUAAAUAAAGUUAAUAAGUUAAUUAAUGUAUUUUAAAAUUGGAUUAAUUAUUAUUUAAAAAAAAAAAGAAAGAAAUAGUAAGAAAAUUAAUAUCACGGCAAACAGUAUAAAUAUAAAUUUAUUAUGUAUUGUAUUAUGAAUUUAAACGAAAUAUUUAUUAAAGCAAGGCAAAAGCAAAUUGUAUGAAAAUUGUAUUUAAUUAUUCAAUUAUCUAUAUAAAAAGUUAAUAACAACUUAAUUAAGUAGUGACUCUCAAAAAAAAAACAAUAAUAAUAAUAAUAUGAAGGAAAUAAAGUAAACAUUUUGAACAAACAGAAUUUCACAAUUAUUAAAAAAAAAAUAAGAUUUAAUGAAAACUUUUGUGC